AUGAAUUUGCUGUUUCUUGUAGUACUGGUUUCAUCAAUAUUGCUGGCUAUCAUUAUCUUGAUCAAAGCUCUACACUCAAUCAUAUGGGUCCCACUAAGAAUCCAAAAUCACUUCCGGAAGCAAGGCAUUGGAGGCCCUGAUUACCGUCUGAUCUUGGGGAACACGGCGGAGGUCCACAGCAUCUACGGCCGAGCUAUCACGAAGUCUCUGAAGGCCGUUGACCAUGACAUAGUCGAGCGAGUUAAUCCUUUCUACUACGAGUGGUCACCCAAGUACGGCAAGACGUUUCUGUACUGGUUCGGUACCAAGCCGAGAUUGGCCAUAGCUGAUCCGGACAUGAUUAAGGAGAUCCAUGUUAAUGCGAGUGGCUCAUUUGACAAGAUUCCACUCAGACCUUUCCCUAAGCAGUUCUUCGGACGAGGAUUGAUCGCGUUGACCGGUCAAACUUGGGCUUAUCAUAGAAAGAUCGUCAACCAAGCCUUUAAGUUGGAGCAAGUCAAGAGUUGGGUCCCCGAAAUUGUGGCUAGCACCACAAGGAUGCUAGAGAAGUGGGAGAAAGCGAGAGGAGGGAGAGAUGAAGUUGAGAUUGAUGUGCACAAGGAGCUUCAUGAACUCUCAGCGGAUAUUAUAUCUAGAACGGCUUUUGGAAGCAGUUUGGAGGAAGGAAAGCAAAUUUUUAAGUUACAAGAGCAGCAAAUGGUGCUUGUUCUCGAAGGGGCUCAGAAAGUCUAUAUUCCUGGAUUCAGGUUUCUGCCUACAAAGAAGAACAGAAAAAGGUGGAGAUUACAAAACGAGAUACGUAAAUUAAUUCAGAAUCUUAUAGAGAAGCAAUGCAAGAAAGGAGACGAUUCAAGAAAUCUUCUUGGUUUGUUAAUGUCUUCUCAUAAGAACAAAAAAGAUGGAGUAAGAUUAACAAUGGAGGAAAUCAUAGAUGAAUGCAAGACAUUUUACUUUGCAGGGAAGGAAACAAGUGCAAAUUUUUUCACGUGGGCACUUAUUCUUUUAGCAUUUCAUCAGGAUUGGCAAACCAAGGCACGGGAAGAAGUGCUUCGAGUUUGCAAACGCAAUGAACCACUCAAAGCUGAGAAUUUACACAACCUUAAGAUUCUAAGUAUGAUAUUUUAUGAAACGCUCCGACUAUAUCCUAUUGCUGUGGCACUACUGAAGAAAACAGUGAAACAAGUGAAGCUAGGAAACCUUGACGUUCCCAAGGAGACAGAGUUCUAUUUGGCAACGACUGUGGUUCAUCACGAUAAGAAAAUAUGGGGAGAAGAUGCUGAUAGCUUCAACCCUUUGAGAUUUAGACAGCCUAAGAAGCAUUUAGGCUCUUAUUUUCCAUUUGGGUUAGGCAACAAAACAUGUCCUGGCCAAAGUUUGGCAAUGGUUGAGACAAAGGUCGCCCUAGCUAUGAUCAUACGACAGUAUUCUUUUGUACUAUCGCCAACGUAUGUUCAUGCACCUAUAGUAUUAGUGAGUUUGCAGCCCCAAUAUGGGGCACCACUCCUUUUCAGGAGGUUGCCUUAG